AUGCCCCCAAUCCCACCACAAGCGCUCGACCCGACCGCUGCGCUCGCAGCGCUAUCGCGCACGCUGUCCGACGUGCGGGGGUACCAGCUCCCCCGGCUACGCUCCGCCAAAUCCGCCGCGCUCGCGCGCGACCUCGCGUCCGAGGCGCGCGCCGACUUGGCUUCAGUGCAGCGCGGGCUCGAGGACGCGCGCGAGGCCGUCGAGGGGCUCUCGGCUGCGCGGCGGGACGGCGCGUUGUUGGCGUACAACGAGCUCGAGCGCGAGUAUGACGAGACGACGGCAGAGUUCCGCGCCGCACUGGUAGAGAGCAAGCGCGCCGUGGCUGCUUUUGCUAGGCGGCACGAGCUGCUCGAGCCGGACGAGGCGCCGCGCGCCCAGCCGACAGCUAGCGUUGGCGGCGACGACGCGCUCCAGACCAAGACGAACGAGGUGACGGACGCGCUCAGGCGCACAACGCAGCUGCUCCAGGCCGAGCUGGAGCGCAGUGUCCUCAGCACGCAGAUGCUCGACGAGUCGACAAGAACGAUCAAGUCGACGCACGGCCUGUACGACAACUACGCUGCGCUGCUCACGACGUCGACGCAGCUCGUGCGCGCGCUCGAGCGCGCAGACUGGUGGGACCGCGCGCUCAUCUUUGGCGCGCUGGCAUUCUUCCUCCUGUGUGUGGGGUACGUCCUCAAGAGCCGUGUCCUCAACCGGGUCGGCGGCGCGGCGGCGUGGUGGGUCGGCGGCAGCUUUAGGCUUAUCCGCGCCGGGCUGGGCGGCGGGAGCGCCAAGCGCGUCAAGGACGUCGCCGAGGUGGCGACGGGCGCGGCGGCCAAGGGCGCUGCAGCGGCCGUGGCUGCUGGCGCGGCGGCGUCUGCAGCAGCUGCUGGUGGUGGUGUUUCGUCCCUGCCACACGACGACGACAGAGAAAAGGUCCACGACGAUGCCGUCGGAGCCGCCGACGCCGACACCGACGCCAGCACGGCACGCGACCCAGUCGCGGCCAUUAUCGACAGCGUUGGAUCGGGCGCGCCACGAGACGAGCUCUGA